CCCCUUCCGCUCUAGGGAAAAACUAGCUCCCAGGUCGUCUUCCGGCGGGAGCUGUGCUGCUCCUUAUCAUGGGGACAAUUCAUCUCUUUAGAAAACCACAGAGAUCUUUUUUUGGCAAGUUACUACAGGAAUUUAGACUUGUAGCAGCUGACCGAAGGUCCUGGAAGAUACUGCUCUUUGGUGUAAUAAAUUUAACAUGUACUGGCUUCCUGCUUAUGUGGUGCAGUUCUACGAACAGUAUAGCUUUAACUGCCUAUACUUACUUGACCAUAUUUGACCUUUUUAGUUUAAUAACAUGUUUGAUAAGUUACUGGGUAAUGAUGAGGAAACCUAGCCCUGUCUAUUCAUUUGGAUUUGAAAGAUUAGAAGUCUUGGCUGUAUUUGCCUCCACAGUCUUGGCACAACUGGGAGCGCUCUUUAUAUUAAAAGAAAGUGCAGAACGCUUUCUGGAGCAGCCCGAGAUACACACGGGAAGAUUAUUAGUUGGUACUUUUGUGGCUCUUUCCUUCAACUUGUUCACAAUGCUUUCUAUUCGGAAUAAGCCUUUUGCUUAUGUCUCUGAAGCUGCUAGUACGAGUUGGCUUCAAGAGCAUGUUGCAGAUCUUAGUCGAAGCCUGUGUGGAAUUAUUCCAGGACUUAGCAGCAUCUUCCUUCCCCGAAUGAAUCCAUUUGUUUUGAUUGAUCUUGCUGGAGCAUUUGCUCUUUGUAUUACAUAUAUGCUAAUUGAAAUUAAUAAUUAUUUUGCUGUGGACACUGCUUCUGCCAUAGCCAUUGCUCUGAUGACAUUUGGCACUAUGUAUCCCAUGAGCGUGUACAGUGGCAAAGUAUUACUGCAGACAACGCCACCCCAUGUUAUUGGUCAGUUGGACAAACUUAUCAGAGAGGUAUCUACCUUGGAUGGAGUUUUAGAAGUUCGAAAUGAGCAUUUUUGGACCCUAGGUUUUGGCUCACUGGCCGGAUCAGUGCAUGUAAGAAUUCGACGGGAUGCAAAUGAACAAAUGGUUCUUGCUCAUGUGACCAACAGGCUGUACACUCUAGUGUCUACUUUGACCGUUCAAAUUUUCAAGGAUGAUUGGAUUAGACCUGCCUUACUGUCUGGGCCUGUUGCAGCCAAUGUCCUAAACUUUUCAGAUCAUCACAUAAUUCCAAUGCCUCCUUUAAAGGGUACUGAUGAUUCAAACCCUGUUACAUCGACUCCAGCUAAACCUAGUAGUCCACCUCCAGAAUUUUCAUUUAACACCCCUGGAAAAAACGUGAGCCCAGUCAUUCUACUCAACACCCAAACAAGACCUUCUGGUUUGGGUCUUAAUCAUGGACACACACCUUACAGUAGUAGCUUGCUUAAUCAAGGACUUGGAGUUCCAGGAAUUGGAGUAACCCAAGGAUUCAGGACUGGUUUUACAAAUAUGCCAAGUAGAUACGGAGCUAACAAUAGAACUGGACAACCAAGACCAUGAUGUACUGCAAUCUAACUUAUUUUUAUGAGGAACAUUGACUCCUUGAUUCCAUUUUAUUUACUAAUCCAGCUGUGCACCGACUGUUCAAUCGUUUACUCUAAAUGAUAGAGAAUAGUAGGUUUGUUCACAUUACAUGAAACUGAUGAAAGUACCUUUUUGUAAAUGUAUUUGGGGCUGUGAGAACCUUCUAAAUGUUAUAGGGUUUGAAAUUUAGGCUUCCUUUAGAAAGCGUGUUUCUCUGAAUUUAAAUUUUGUUAUUUGCUUUUGUAGUUGAUUGCAGUGUGAUAGACAUUAUAAGAGAACCACUUGAUGGAGCAAAUCUGUCACAUUAUUAAAAGUAUAAUAUUUUCUUCAAUGAAAUUUAUAAACAUGCUUCUUGAAUAAUGACAUACAUUUUAAGAAUGGAAAAAAACAUCCAUUCUGAAAGUAAAAGUCUCUUUUAUAGUUUUCCAAACUUAAUUGCUACAUUUUUUUUGAGGUCCUCUUGAUUUAUGUCUUGCAAAAGAAAGAAAAAGUUUUUAUCAAAAAUUUUAAAGCAUAUUCUGUCUAGCAUAAUUUGAAAUUUUUAAUUAUCAAAAAUUUUUUAGUUUUUUCAUUAAAAUAUUUCAGUACACUUAUAAAUAGUCUGUGGUUCUCAAAGUGUUUUAUUUUGGUUAAAUGAAUACCAAAUCCUUUGGUAAUGUGCAGUGAAGGAAUCCAGUUUUCUAUAUAACAUAUAAUCAAAUUGAUAUAAUGAAACAAAAACAAACCCCCAAAGUACUGACAUAAUGAUGGAAUUUAUCUUUUUUGUCACCUUUCCAUUGGUUGACUUUACUCUCUCACUUUAUUAACAAAAUAUAUCAGAUAUAUUACCAAAAUAUAUACAAUUCCAUGCAUAAUGUGGGAUUUGAUAUCUUUUCAAAGUUGGAUAAACAAUUUGAGUUAACAUUAUAUAAUUUUACCAAAACAUAAUAGAUCCUACGUUAUAGAGUACAGUAUUGUUAUAUCUGUAACAGGCAAUUUCCAACUUAUUUUGUUUUGCUUUGUCAAAAUCAUAAAUUGUUAACUGUGA